CAGGAGAAAUCACCAAGCUGUUUGUAGGUAUAGUAUCAUAUCCAACAAGGUUGUCUAUCAAAAGUUGCUGCCACCUGAAAAAGAAAACAUAGAAAAAAUUGAGUUGACAUUCUUUUGCCACCUGAUUAUCAUGUACAGCUUGAAGUAUAUAUAAUUUGGAACGGGUAGAGUAGCCAGUUCUUCAUUCAAUGAAUAACAAAAUUAUGCUUCUUAUGCUUGAGCAUAGAGAUAGAUCCCUUCAGCGUCACACACACAUAACUGAGCUGUUGCUCGCAUUGCAUUCAACUGCAGGCCUUGCACAUAUCAAGGCAAAUUAAGACCUAGAUCAAAACAAAAGAUAAACAAACUAAUACAAUACUCCAGCGUCGUCUCUGCGGCACUGUCAGCGUCAGAGCUGGCAGCGGGGAUGGGGGAGGGAGGAUGGGCGUGGAGAGCCCUCCAGCGGUGGAGAUCUCCUUCCACACCCCCGACAUUCGCUGGACCGCAACAUCCAAGUCUACCUGGGAAGGAUCCGCCGCUAUUCCUAAAUUGCGCGAGGUUCGAGGACGAGCCGACCUCGUGUGCUGCUGCGGGGACGACGACGCCAUCACCUAUGAUGAGGCGGAAGCGACAGAGAGCGAUGCACGGGUUGGGCGGGCACACGCCGCAGCGAGAGUGUGUGGGGAGCAUGUUGAGCGCAAGCAGUUGAGAUCCAGGUGGCACAGGAAUGAGAGCAGGCUGGUGGUGACGAGGGCUUGGAAGGAGAGGAGCGGUGUGGUCGGGGAGGAAGAAGACUCCUAUCUGGUUCACUAAUUGGAAAACGGAGCAGAGGGGGAC